AUGUUUGAACAGGCUCUCACAACUGAUAACCUAUCUGAAUCCAUAUCUAUGUUUUACCGCAUACUUGAAGACCCUUCGUCUUCCCCCGACACCCUAUCGAAUAAAGAGCAGGUCAUAUCAAUGCUAUUGAGUUAUCUCCUACCGGAGAAUCGAGUAGAAGAUCUUCGAAACCUUGUCACUCAACUAAGGCCUUUCUUUAGCCUGAUAACCAAAUCACGGACAGCUAGAAUUGUUCUUGGAAUCAUUGGUACUAUAUCAAAAAUCCCCGGUACAAUUGAUGUGCAGAUUUCUCUAUGCAAGGAAGUGGUGCAGUGGGCACGUUUGGAGAACCGAACUUCCCUUUGGCAUCGGGUUGAGCUCAGGCUUGCUACUGCGUUGUCUGAUAACAAAGACCACUCAGAAGCCCUUAAUAUCCUUACAGAAUUAACCAAGGAAGCAACAAGACUGGAUGAUAAGUCUCUCCUAGUAGAGAUCCACUUGGUUGAGACCAAGAUUCAUUUUUCCCUAAGGAACCUUCCCAGAGCAAAGCUCGCGUUUGCUGCUGUAAGAACAGGUGCUAACGCCAUCCAAGUGCCUCCCGCUCUACAGGGCGCCAUUGAUUUUCAGAACGGCAUCCUCCAUAUAGAAGAGAAGGAUUACUCCACUGCUUACGUCUAUUUCUUGCUUGCUCUUGAAGUUUGCACAAGUCUUAGUGAUCACGGUACUGCUGUAAUUCGCCUCAAAUAUAUGUCGUUGUGCCUUAUAAUGUCGAAUCGCCCUCAUUAUGUAGAGUUAUUGGUAUCGAACUUGUGGUCGGAUUCGUUUAGGAUUGAGCUAGACGCCAUGAAAGCAGUGGCCGAUGYUCUUUCUAAGCGUUCUUUAAAGCUCUUUAAGACUGCAAUUAUAGAUUUUAAGGUCCAACUACAGGAAGACCUACUUGUCCACAGACAUCUCUCUUUCCUCUAUGACACUAUGUUGGAGCUAAAUCUGUGUCGGUCGAUCGAACCAUUCUCGAGGGUCGAGAUUGCCUAUAUUGCCGAUCUGAUUGAGCUGCCAGUUGAUCAGGUAGAAGAGAGUUUGUCUCGGAUGAUUUUAGACAAGAAAUUUGCAGGGGCAUUAGAUCAAGGAACUGGAUGUAUCAUCAUUUUUGAUGAUCCAGAGAUUGAUGGAACAUAUKAAGCAACUCUUGAAGCCAUGUCAAACAUUAACAAGGUUUUUGAUAGCCUCUAUGUAAGAUCAGCAAAGAUAAUGGCAUGA